CAUCUAAACAACACUGAAAGUGUCAUCAAUCACCCACUGACUUCCAUCGUUGGAAGUCUGGUUGUCUUGCAUCAUGGGUCCGCGGCUGUCUCUGGAUCAUGGGGACAAGUAUGUCGACGACACACCACUGAUGAUGGACGAGGAGGAACGUGCCGCCACCCCCCGGCCUCGGUUCAACCAGGCUACAAUCAAAGCCACUUUCAUGGCUGUGGCAACGAUAUUGAUAUUGGCGGCACUGAAUAUUCACGACCUGGCUAUGUUUGGGUCCAUCAGUCUUCCUGGAUUCUCGAAAGAUCAUCAUGGGAAAGACCACCAUCGCCAUCAUCACAACCACCAUGGCCACCAGCACGACAAGGGUGCCGAUGUCUGCCUCACACCAGCUUGUGUCCACGCUUCUUCCGAACUCUUGUACAAUCUCUCACCAGAUUACAAGAACCUAGACGCCUGCACCGAUUUCGAAGAGCUUGUUUGCGGCGGAUGGAGAGACCAUCAUGACCUUCGGCCCGAUCAGGGCGAUGCCUUCACUGGCACCAUCAUGUCUGAAAACUCUCAGAUGCUGCUGCGGCAUAUCCUCGAAGCACCCUAUCCGGAGAAAGCCACACAAGCGGACUUCUCUCCACAGUCAGACGCUGCCAGUGAAUCUGCCGACAAGGAGAACUUCGACAAACUCAAAGCUGGUUAUGACGCUUGUCUGGACGAAGAUACCAUCAAGAGUCUCGGGGUCACGCCUUUGCUAGAAAUCCUAAACGAGACAUCCCGCCGAUUCUCCGCCCAAAGUUGCCCCAACUCGAAAGCCGUCUCUGAGCAAAAUGCCCUUGCAGACACUGUCCGCUACCUUGCAUCCCUGGGAGUUUCAGCCUUUGCCGCACCAUUCACCGGCGCCGACGACCGUGAUCCAGAUACUGUUGUCAUUUCUGUAUCGUCCCCCUACAGGAUCGGUCUACCAGCCAAGGAGCUCUACAACGACGACAAGAUCGUGAGCAAAUACGAAACAGUCAUCUCGCAGGUGUCUGCCGGCCUUCAUAAAGACUCCGAGAGCAAAGUUGAUUCUCAUGCUCUUGUCGACUUCGAGAAGAAGCUUGCAGCUGCAUCACCAGAUGCGGAGGAUCGUGAUGAUGUUACGAAAUACUAUAACCCUAUGUCACUGAAGGAGGCCGACAGUCUCAUUCCUCAGCUCCAGCUUCCGAAGUUGCUGAAGAGCCUUGCUCCUGAGGACUACAAUGUCGACAGGAUCAUUGUCAUGGCGCCAGAAUAUCUGAAGACUGUCAGCAAGCUUUUGGACGAGACACCUAGAGACACUCUACGUGCAUAUUUGAACUGGAAGGUUAUUCAGGUAUUCGCUGGAUACAUCGAGGCCGAUGCGAUCAAACCGUACAAGCGAUUCACCAACGAAUUGCAAGGCAAGGAUCCCGAAUCUACACCUGAACGCUGGAGAACCUGCGUCAACCAUGUCGAUGGCGGCUUGGGCUGGAUCUUGAGCAGAUUCUUCGUCGAGAAAGCCUUCUCCACCAAAGCAAAGGCGUUCGGUGAUCAGAUCGUCUCCGACAUCAAAGAUCAAUUCAUCGAGAAGUUGAAAGUGACCGACUGGAUGGAGCAGGAAGUUGUCGACCUAGCCAUCAACAAAGUCCACAACAUCGUCCAGAAGAUCGGCUAUCCCGACAAGAGCCCUGACAUUUUGGACCCCAACAAGAUCCAGGACUACUAUGCGCCCGUCAAGGUCAACUCUUCCACUUUCUUCGAGAACGCCGUCUCAAUGAACCGUCUCGAGAUUGCCCAGAUGUGGUCCGCCCUCGGAAAGCCCGUCGACAGGGAUCAAUGGGACAUGUCCGUCCCGACCGUCAAUGCUUACUACAACCCACCAGGCAACGAGAUCGUCUUCCCAGCCGGCAUCAUGCAAUUCCCCGUCUUCGACGUCGACGUUCCAGGGUACCUCAGCUACGGCGCCUUCGGAUCUGUAUCUGGCCACGAGCUCUCCCACGCCUUCGAUUCAACCGGCCGUCACUAUGACCAGAACGGCAAUUAUACAGACUGGUGGACCGACAAGACUGUCGCCAACUUCAAAGAGCGCGCCGAGUGCUUCGUCGAGCAAUACCACAAUUUCACGGUCGACGGCGCCAACGAGAAACCCCUACACGUCAAUGGCAAGCUCACUUUGGGCGAGAACAUCGCUGACGCGGGGGGUCUGGCGGCUGCGUUCGCAGCGUGGAAGAAACGUGCCGCGGAGACGCCGGACAAGGAUUUGCCGGGACUGGACUUCUUUUCGCAAGAGCAGUUGUUCUUCGUGUCGUAUGCGAAUUGGUGGUGUGGGAAGACGCGCAAGGAGACGGCCAUUCAAAGAAUUUAUACGGAUCCGCAUGCGCCGAAGUGGGCGCGUAUCUUGGGGACGAUGGCUAAUUCGCGGGACUUCAAGGAGAGUUUCAAGUGUGAGGCUAAAGAGCCGGUUUGUGAGUUGUGGUGAGGAUCUACAGGAGUAGUGAUUCUGCGCGGGGUGUAUAUCAGUAUAAGAAAAAGUGCAAGCAUCAGCCAGCGCAGGGAGAAAAUUGGUUACCAAGCAAGAAGCGA